UUAUCAAUUAUCAGGCCUGGGUUAAACGAGGAAGCAGACGCUCUCGCAGCUGAACGGAGCUAGCAAAGCAAAGAUAGCAGGUCCAAAAAAAGCAAAACAGCGGGUUUACUCUCUCUGCCGACACGCUGACAGUUUCAGAAAUCGCCUCGUUGUUCCAGGUUUGUGCUCAUGCAGGAGGACAGCCGGAGCCAUGUUGACUGAGCUGCUUGAAUUUGGAGGCUCUUUCUUCCUCCGGGCUGAAGAUGAUGGUAUCGGUGGGACGCGCUAGUUUCGCCUGAGCUCCUUUCAGCACCGCCGCCGCCUCAUAAGUUGGUUGUUGUUGGAAACCCAGCUCGAGGGAUGGCUUUGCACAGUACCGGAUCAUUCCAAGACCCCUCACAGGGCACAGGGGAUCGGGGGGAGCUGGUGCACACAUUGUCUAAAGAGACCCCCGGGUCUCCAGAUGCCUCUGAGUUGGGAAGCCCUCGCAGUACACCAAACUUUGACCUCCUCAACAUGGUUUUGUCCUAUAAGAGGAUGGCUCUAUAUCUAGAACCGGUUACAGAUGCAGUGGAGCUCAUUCGCUUCCUGCUUGGGUGGAAGAUGCCACUGUGUUCUCUGCUUGUUUGUAUUUUCCUCAAUGUCUUCUUCUGCACAGUUAAUGAAGUCGGUUGGUUCACUGUGAGUUUAGCAGCAGUAUCUUUGCCGGCUGCCUUGGGUUACCUGCAGGACAGGUGUAGGGGCAGAGCCUCAGAAGAUGAGCUUCAGAAGCGUCGGUUUCACGCCGUGUAUCGCAGAGACUUACAGAUAGUUCAUCUCACCAAACAGGAGGCCAUGUUGGAAGUCAAAGACCUGUUGAAGCAGCUGGAUGACAUGCUGUCCUCUGCCUGUCAGUCAGCAGAAGCUGCUUAUAAAGUCUUGUACUGGGAUAAUCACACCAAGUCAUCAAGGUUCUAUGGAGGGAUAUUAAUCGUGGUGUGUCUACUCUAUGUUGCUCCGGUGGCCUGGGUGCUAGCUGGAUUCAACAGUGUCAUCUUUCUGUGGAACAGAGACUUCUGCAGAGUUUUAUUGGAUCUGAAGAAACUGUUCCACAUGGGCAAGACACAGACCUCAGAAGGGGCGUGUGAAGAACAAGAACAAGGCAAUUUAUUGGAGAGGACCCCCACACCGACUAGUCUAGAGGAUCUGUCCCCUGGCAGUGUAGAAGAAGCUGAGGAAGCUGAGCCUGAUGAUGAAUUUAAAGAUGCCAUUGAGGAAAAUUCAGUUUCAACACAGGAGACCCCAUUGGUUUUGGUGGAGGAUGAUGAUGGACCUCUUGGAGCUCCUGAGUAUGACACUAUCUCUGAAAAUGGUCUUCUAAGCCGAAAUGAACCAAUACGCAGCAAAGUGUCUAAACUGACAGAGAAACUGCGUAAACGCUAUCCCACAACUGUCACAGGCAACUGUUCGAGCUGCAAUGCCGUCUUCUCAGUUCUGAAGAAAAGGAGAAACUGCAGUAACUGUGGCAACAGCUUCUGCUCUCGAUGCUGUUCCUUUAAGGUGCUGAAAUCUGUUAUGGGGGCAACAGCUCCAGAAGCACAGAGAGAGACCGUGUUUGUUUGUGCUGCCUGUAAUUCCACUCUCAUCAAACCACAGUGAGAUGGCAUGUUGGUUAUGUCUCCCAACGGUCAGCAGGUGUUCUCUCACUGCUUGGCCCUGAGCCCUAUAUUGGACCCUGACGUACAUGCCUUUGUGUUCAUGUUAAGGCUCUUCUGUCAAGAAACAUCCCAUGUGGAACUCCUACACCCCUUUGCCUUUAUCAGUUCCUCGUUAGCUUCUCUUGUUGCUUAUGGGAUUUCUACUAUUCCUGUUGUUGGAUUUUUCUUUUUUUGUGCUAUCAGUGAAGGACUGGAUCUUAUUACUCAAUGAGACUCAGCACAGUACACAGUGGCUCUAAAAUCAAAGGACCUAUUUACAGUCUUUCCUAGAAGGACCAAUAUAUGCACAGUGAUAACCACGACUCAGCUAGUAGUGAUUGGUGGUUGAAAUAAGCGAACAGGGUUACAAUGGUUUUGCUUUACAAUCUUUGCCUCACAAUAACGGUGAUGGCUCGUGAAUUUUGAUAUCUUAAGGACUGUUUGGCAGAUUAAUGACAAUGUAAUGCUGAAGGACCUUUCUCUAACAACAUAAGGCAUCAAAUCUGCCAUUCAGACUGAUGAAUAUGAUGUGAGACAAUGCUUAAAUUGUACUUAAGCUUGUUCAAAAGUACAAGAUAAUGCUACUACACCUUGCCAUCCAUCUGUCACCAGUAUGAUGUGAUGACUUGUGGGUUUGUCUGAGAUUCUGAAGGAAAGUUUGAGUCCUGAGUCACACAGGGCCACAGUCCAGUCAGCCACCUCUGGCUGCAAGAGAAUGCACAUUCCCCGACUGUUUGUGAACAGUUGCUGGAGGUUGUUAGCUCUUGUUAGUUAAAGUUGCAAAGAGAGCAAUGCAAAAAUAAGUUGUUGUGAUCGCUUCUGUUGCUGGCAGAUUGCUGCGGGCACUAGUAGUUUGUGAGGAAGAUGCCAACUUGUUUGGAGACAUUUAUCAUUUUAGUCUCUGAGCUGUAGUAAAAGUUGAAAAAGAACAGUGCAAGCUGGAAAAAGAGAACAUUUGCCUUCAUAGUACAAGUUGUGCCUUACUGGAACAAACACAUUUUAAAAGGGUCACCUUUCACUUUGAGGCCGAAUGUUCUCCAUCUCUGGUUUCUGUCACACCUUUUACAGCUUUGCUACUGUUGGCGAGUAGUUUGCGAUUGUUUUCACUCCAGCCUCCUAUCAACCAAAAUCAUCUCACAGAGCUUUUCUGGACCUGACUGGUCAUUAUAUCUGAGUAAAUGGGUCUUUAGCAGUCAAUAUCAGAGUGUCUGCCAGCAGGCUCUUACCAACUGAUUCGCAAAUGCACAACGUGCACGACAGAUAGUUCCCAACAGGUCUCUAGGCCUGUGUGACUGAAGUUGACCAGACUGUUAUUUGCUCACAUAAGAUCAUUUUGAGCAAAUGCUGUCCCGGUAAUCCUGGUCUGGAAAACUCACUGUGAUUAGAUUUGUCUUUUUCAGUUGAUUUUCCUACCAGAGGAAGCAGAUGCUGAAAAGCAUAAAAAACUGAAAAUGCAAAGCAAAGUCUCACACAGUGUGGUUUUGUUGAAGGCAGGGUCUGAGCCGUUUUCGAAGUUGAGCAGACCAGUUCACUCUUGUAAUAAUCUAAUUGCUGCUGCAUUUCAGUUGUCAUGGUUUCCUACGUGGGCGUGUCAAACAAGCUUUAUUGUAUUACAGCAGCACGUCCAAAGGUCCUUUGAGUCCAUGUUUUUCGUCUGACUGGAUCGAGUCGACCCAACUGGAUAAAAAUAAUUUGAGUGGACCGAAGAACCCACUAAAACUGUUACCAGAACUUCACACUCUUGCAAGCAGGACUUGACUUGAAGAACUCAUGUGAGGCACUGAAACCCAAUAUGUGGAUCCUGGUGGCAACAUUGUUUUAAUCAUGUUUCAGACACAGAUGAUUGUAACUGUUUGCUUUGCUUUUACUGUAAUCAUAUAUAAGCUUACUGUAAAUAGUUCUAAUUGUUCUAUAUAUAAUAUAUUUAAUUUAAAACUCCUGAAACUGCGAGUUAUUAUUUGAUCGAAUGAUUAAUUAUGUAUAUACUGCCCAGGAUUUUAAAGAUUAAAUUAUGCCGUUAUUAAAAUAAACAAUGUAAAGAUUUACAGCUGUGGUUGGUUUACAUACACUCAUUGUGAGCUUGCAUGUCAUAGUAACUUUUGACUUUUCAUAAUUUCUUUGAACUGUUCCCUUUUCGUAUACAUGUUUAAUUUUAUUUUGAAUUUUCUCUAAUCCACACAGGGUCAAAAUUUUAUGAAAGGGCUCAAAUAUAUGCAUACGCUCCGUUAAAUGUUUCAAUAAAUGGUGCUGAAGGUU